CAGCAGCAGCAGCAACAGCAGCAAAAAGCAGCAGUAGCGUGUGCAACGUUGUGCCGUUUUGACAACUUUCCGCCGCGUCGGGGCGUCGCGCCGUUUUCUUCGCGGCGGCGGCGGCAACAGCAGCGUGAACAACAACGGAGACAACAUCGAGACCGUGUUGUUUUAAGAAGGCCGUUCGUGACGGCGGUUACGGCUGCGACGCUGCUGACCCCUCAGCCCGCACGACGACGACGACGGCGGUGGCGACGGCGACGGUGGUGGUGGUGGCGGCGGCUGCGUUCUGUUAUUAUUUUGCCGCGGUGCUUUUGACCCUACAAACUGGGCGAGUUCAUUGCAGCGCUUUCGCGGGGGUGUCAGCCAGUUUUAUUACUCCGGCCUUCUCCGUCCGCAGCAGCAGCGCCGACGGCGCCAGAACACGACGUUGGUGUACGAUAGCAUGUCUACCAGUGUAUGUACCCGAUCGCACACCGAUAAUCCAGAAUCGCACCGUUGAACCGCUUGUUCACGAGGGCGAGAAGUCCGCCGGCAACCGCUGUAUCACACUGGCUCGGUGUGAUAUCAUCGUAGCGGGAGUUGACUGAAAAAGGAACUAUAGAGUGACGUCGCGAUUGAGAAGGGACGCGACGAACCACGUGAUAUACCUGUCGUCGGGCCGCGUCAUGUAAAGCAUGCUCAACUCCCCGAUGGCCAUAACCUGAAUUGAGCCGAUUUGACCCGAUUAAGCCCGAUUCGCCAGUUGAACGGAACAGACAUACGAACGAAUGAAAGAAAACAAACGGUAGCCAUUGACUUUUCUCGUCCUUUUUCUCGUGCUCGCGCUCGUUAAUUCUCUCUCUACAGUGUUCUUGCAUUUUGCGAUAAAGAAAACACGCUAUCGCUUCAUUAAUAUUGCGAGUGUUCGCUUGCGAGUAAGGUAAUGUUGCGCUUCAAUGCAUAGUGUUGCUUGUCUAACGUGAAAAAGAAAAUAAAGAUUCAACCUUUAGGAGAAGAGUCAGUUUUUGUACGCUUCUAACAGGUGACUAAUCGAACAAAUGGACGGAUUGCUCGUGAUAUAUGGAUACUGUUUCUCGUCUCAGUUGGCGUUCUCGGUGAUAAUUCGAUGUAAUCGUGCUAUGGUGUACCGUGCAUGGGUAGUGUCAUCGGUAUGGUGUUAGUAAAGUGUCAACCGUUACGUGUAAUUGUCUGAAGGUGGUGGCGUGGGAGUCCGACAUUUUAACCGCUCGUAUUCGUGAAAAGAUACAAGUGUCCACGUGUGAAAUACAGUCGACACUCAGGGGCGUGAGAAUCAUCAAAGUCGAGCUUAUUCAAGAGAUCUCUCUUUUGUAUCUUCUCCGAUAGGAAUUUUACUGUAGCGUGUCUAAUAUUUUUGAUUUCACGGUCACGAUCUAUUUAUUUGUUUUUCCAUUUUCGUGACCACAUCGUUGAUUACCAAAGAGAAAGGUGUCAAGCACGUUUUUUUUUUCUUUUUUUACACCGAUUAAACUUUACCGAGGAAUAAACGAUGAAAACUGUGUGAUUUCGUUGAAUAACAGAAGGAUAAAUUACAAUUUUUAGAAGUUAGUGGAUUUCCUGACAAAUUAACGGUAUCGUUGAGGAAUAUCUGUGCUCUGUACUUUUUAGUGAAGUGUUUGACAGUAUUUAAUUAAAUGCGUAACAAUGAAAAAUGCCUGACAUCAAGGAUUGUGGAAGUUAAUGGUGAAAUCGAAUGAGAAUUUGCAGUGUGAAGAAGACAAGUGAACUGAUAACAGUAGAGAAGAAGAAGAAGAGGAUCUGAACGCAUCGUUGCUAAAAAAAUUAAUAACAGUUAGUUGAAAGAACGGGGAGAAAAACUUAGAAACGGGAAAGAUUGCACGAGAAGGAAGCAUUGGAAAGCGAGUGCACACAUUUGUGGAUUGCGUAAUAAAAAGGGAGAGAGAGAGAGUGAAAAAGAAGAAAGACUCAGUGUGUCUGUAAAUAAGAGUUAUUUUUCGUAUGUGGGAACAGAAGCUACAUUCACGUCGAAACGAGGGGAAACGAGUGAGAAGAUGUUUAGAAGUCCUUGAACGAGAAAAGGUUCGGAGGACUUUCUCUCUCUCUCUCUCUCUC